CAGCCGAGACGGCAGGCUUCAAAAUGUAGCAGAGGGUUCCAGGCUGCCAUGUACAGAAAAUGGACAGAGGUCAAGGGACAGCGGGGAGGCGCAGACGCGAGGACCCGCAGGGCAGAGUGAAGCCGCAGGCGAGGACUUACAGCCGCAGCGCCGCAGCCUGAGCGCCCAAUGCAAAGGCAGGAGGCGGGGACGGAAGACAUCUAGAAGAGAAGCCAAAGAUGUUGACCAGAAAGAUUAAACUCUGGGACAUAAACGCCCAUAUCACCUGCCGCCUAUGCAGCGGAUAUCUCAUCGAUGCGACCACGGUGACCGAGUGUCUGCACACGUUCUGUCGGAGUUGCCUGGUCAAGUAUUUGGAAGAGAAUAACACCUGCCCCACGUGUAGGAUUGUGAUCCACCAGAGUCACCCGCUACAGUACAUUGGUCAUGACAGAACCAUGCAGGACAUUGUUUACAAACUGGUUCCAGGCCUUCAGGAAGCGGAAAUGAGAAAACAGAGGGAAUUCUACCACAAGUUAGGCAUGGAAGUGCCUGGAGAUAUCAAGGGGGAGACCUGUUCUGCAAAACAGCACCUAGAUCCCCAUCGGAAUGGUGAAGCCAAAGCAGAUGACAGUUCGCACAAAGAAGCCGCAGACGAGAAGCCAGAGGAGGACAACGACUACCACAGGAGUGACGAGCAGGUGAGCAUCUGCCUGGAAUGCAACAGCAGCAAACUGAGGGGCUUGAAACGGAAGUGGAUCCGCUGCUCGGCCCAGGCAACAGUGCUGCACCUGAAGAAGUUCAUCGCCAAAAAACUUAACCUUUCGUCUUUCAACGAGCUGGACAUUUUAUGCAACGAGGAAAUUCUGGGCAAGGACCACACGCUCAAAUUUGUGGUUGUCACGAGGUGGAGAUUCAAGAAGGCACCGCUCCUGCUGCACUACAGACCCAAGAUGGACCUGCUCUGAGCUCGGCCCCGGGCCGGGCCCCGCUGCACCGCCGUGCCACCUGCGGGUGUCGUGGGGACCAGAUUUCUGAAUAGAGAGUAUUUAUAACUUUUGUAUGAGAGAAUUCACACUCAACAAGACACUACCAGCACCACGGUUACAAGACGAAACACUUCACGGUCUCAGCGGCCGAAGGGCGCCCCUCACAGACUAGAUGGUAAACAUAGCGGCCACACGACCUCUACUUGCUUUCCAGGCCUUGAAGAUCUGGUCAUUUCCGUUUCGUUUAUGAAUUAGGGUUCAUGAUAAGCCUCAAAAAUACUUGUACGUUUACUGAACCCUUCCUAAGUUAUUGAAAAAUAUCUCUUCAUGGUGAAUGACAAUAUUUAUGUUGCCUUUAGCUUCCUGAAGACUUAGAAGGUAUAUAAAGGGUUAAUUUAAAAGCA